AUGCGAAAUCAACCAACUCUAGCGGAUAGUGUUAUCAUCAUUGAACCGAGUUCAUUUCAUUUACGUAUUAGUCGAGCUGUUGACUCUACACCAAAACGUUUUCCACAUUGUAUAGCACGUAAACCGAAGCCCAGUAUUUCACCGCAUAUUGAACCUAUCAUUAAUCGACAUAAAUUAAAUUGUCAAUCAUUUAAAUUGCAACAAUCGAUUCAAACAAUACAAUCAUAUGUGAAUACAUUAUUUAAUUUGAAUUACUCAGCAUCACCGCCAACAUCAUCUUCAGAAGAAACUACAACUCAAUCGUCUGUUAGCAUUCAUCUAUCUCAUAAACAAGAUCUCAAAGAUGAUUUAGAAGAUGGCAAACUUCUUUUUGAAUGGGAGAAACAAACACCGCCAGAUCAAGAUUUCUAUGCACUGAAUGAUGCUUUUACUUAUGGUUUAAAAAAUGGUUAUCAUAUUACUUGGCCUAUACGUUAUGGAUUCUUUUCACCGGCAGCGAAUUAUACAGCUAUCCUGCAAGAUUUAGAAGAUAUUUGGUCUACAGCUAUAGAAAAACAUAUUGGUAUUCAACGAUCAAAUCUUAGCAAUUAUAAAGCAAUACUUGUAAUCAAUGAUGUAUACAAAAGAAAUGAGAUACGUUAUCUAGUACACUUGCUAUUGAAUCGAUUAAAAUUUGGACGUGUUUUUGUACAUCAAGCUAGUGUAUGCACUACCUAUGGGAUUGGUUUACCUACAGCUUGUGUUAUUAAUAUUGGUGAACAAAAAACUAGUAUCUCAUGUGUUGAAGAUGGUAUAGCUCAUUCAGAAGCACGAGUUAUCUUACCUGUUGGACGAAGUGAUGUUCUCAGAGUGUUUCAUUCACUUACACUACCUAAUGGAUUUGUUGAUAAUAAUGGUUGUAAUGUGUAA